GCGUGUUGGCUCAAACUUUCAGGACAUUCUAGGGAUCAUUAGGCCUACUUAUGGGCAAAAUUUCUGCUCAAAAUUCCUUCCUUUGAUUUGCCUCGAAGUACCUUGCCUUGGGUAAAAAAUUCAAUAAAACGGUCAUAACUCGGGAAGAUAGGCCUAGCAGCCCUUAUCCUUUUGGGCUUUCUCUAGUCUCACUAACGCCUACAUGAUGCAUAUAGUCCCGACUCAAAAGCGAUUUUACACUUACAUAUGUGACCUCGUAAGAAAUGUAUACCAAAGCGCUACUUUUUCGGACUUCACUCUGGGUUCGGAUUCGAAAUUUUUCUCAGACAGGAUACGAGAAAAGCUUAGAUAAAACAAGUGAACUCAUUUUGAAAAUACUUCUUUUUUUUCUGUUACAUUAAAAUUGAAUAUUUAGGUUCGUGAUAGUGAAAAAGUAUUAGCAUGUUUAAAAAAGGCUACAAAAUUAACAACACAAUUAAUGGAUCAAAGUGUUCAAGUUCAAUUAUAUAAUGAACUACUUAAUACUUAUAUUUAUUUCUUUAAUCAAAAUCAUCCUGAUAUUGAUAUAACUGUAUUAAAUUCUUUAAUUGAAAAACUUCAAAAUGAAAUGUCAAAAAUAUCAUCAAAUGAAAAUGAUGAAUUUAUUCGUAAUCAAAUUCAAAAAACAUUUGAUUAUCUUCGUCAACAAUUGCAAUUAGAAAAAUUUCAAGGUCUUCAAAUAAAUGAUUAG